UCAUCAGCCAAGAGAAACGACAUGGCUUCUUCCUUCCCAAUUCGGACGCUUCUGAGGCUUCUUCUCGCCCACCUGCUCUGGCGAGGACUUGCAGGGCCGCGCAGAGCAGCAGUCAGGGUUCACGUUUCCUACAAGGACCCGCACUCUUCCUCCACGGAGACAGCGGCAAAGCAGCGCGCACUCCCCUCAGUGACGUGUGAGCGCAGCAUGUCGGCGUGCACCUGCGCAGUCACUUGUCGUCGUAUGCGCAGUAGCGUGUCAUCAUGCGCAUGCGCAGUCCUGUCUUGUGCAUAUGUACAGUCACGUGUCGGGCUGUGUCCCCGAGGCCCGUGGUGGUGUGCGCCUGCGCAAUCCCUUGUUGACGUGCGCAUGCGCAGUCCAGAGUCGGUGUGCGUGUGCGCGAGGCCGCCUCAGGAUGCACGUGGAGGCCUCGAGGGGUGCAGGAACGCAGGGUUCGUGAGUGCACCCCAGGAUCAGGCCAGCUGGAGCGAGAGAAAGAGGGCUGUGUGCAGGCCCCAGGACCCGAGUGCAGGCAGGCCUGGGGCCCUGUGGUGUCAGGGGACCCUGGAGGCCCAGGAGUGCCGUCUGUAUAAAGAGGGAAUCCCAGAGCCCUGGGACAGAGUGAUGCCCCUGGAGCGCAGAAACAAGGUCAAGUUCUCCAUCCCUCUCAUGGCUGAGGUGUACACGGGGCGCUACAGCUGUGUCUGCCUCAGCACUGCUGGCUGGUCAGAGCCCAGUGAUGCCCUGGAGCUGCGGGUGUCAGGAGCCUACAGCAAGCCCAGCCUCUCGGCCCUGCCCAGCCCCGUGGUGACCUCAGGGGGCAAUGUGACCCUCCAGUGCCGCUCCCAGCUGGGAUUCCACAGGUUCAUUCUGACAGAGGAGGGGGUGCCCUGGGCUGCCAGGACCCGGAGCUCAGAGCCACACCCUAGUGCGCAGUCCCAGGCCCUGUUCCCUGUGGGCCCUGUGACUCCUGGCCGCAGGUGGGCGUUCCAAUGCUAUGGCUCCUACAGGGAGAAUCCUUCUGUGUGGUCAGAGCCCAGUGACGCCCUGGAGCUGGGGGUGACAGGAGGACCAGAGCCCAGCAGCCCCUCGCACCCCCAGCCAGGCUCCCCCACUGCCCCAGCGCCCCAGGACCACUCCCUGGAGAACCUCAUCCGCAUGGGCGUGGCGGGCUUGGUCCUGCUGGGCCUCGGGCUUCUGCUGGCAGAGGCUUGGUACAGCCAGAGAAGGACCCGGGCUGCAGGCCAGCGGUGACCUGGAGAGAGGACAGAGCUGGGUCAGAGAGGCCAAGCCCUGGUGCGGGGGAGGGGGGAUCAGGCAUGCAUGGUGAGAAGCUGUGGGAAGUGGGAAGAGCUCACCUGGGGUUGUGGGAAUCCUGCUCAGGGGCAGGGACCCUGGUGGGCUGCUGGCAGUGCUGCUCCCCUGGGCUCCCAUGUGCAUUCUGGGAAGGGGCUCUGGCCUCCCGCAGCCCUGCCCACCGCCCUGCAGGCUCCCGUGCGGUUCCGUCCUGUUCCUCUCCAGGGACCGCACACAGCUCAGUGGCCCUGAGUGUCCACAGGAGCCCGAGCUCUGCCGCCCACGGAGAGGGUAAUGCCAGGAUUUGCUCCCCUUGACCUUCAGCAAGUGGGCCAGGAUGUGGUGGGACACCUGUCACUCAGGAUGGAUUUAAAAUUCUGCUCACAAAAAGGAGGCCAUGACAGGUGGGGCCAGAUGUGGGAGGUCAGAAUCAAUAGAUCUGGGCUGGUGCUGUGGCUUAAUGGAUAAAAGCUGCUGCCUACGGUUCCGGCAUCCCCUGUGGGCACCGGUUCAAUUCCUGGCUGCCCCACGUCCAAUCCAGCUCUCUGCUGUGGCCUGGGAAAGCAGUAGAAGAUGGCCCAAGAGUUUGGGCCCCUGCAUCCAUCUGGGAGACCCAGAAGAAGCUCCUGGCCCCUGGCUCUUGGCUCCUGGCUCCUGGUUCCUGGCUCCUGGCUCCUGGCUCCUGGCUCCUGGCUGGAGAUCAGACAAGCUCCAGCUGUGAGGACCCAUUGGGAUGAAACCAGCAGAUGGAUACCUCUCUCUCUCCUUCUCUCUGUAACUCUGAUUUUUAAAUAAAUAUUUUUAAAAACGUGUGGCUUAUCAA